AUGUUCACGCGGGUCGCGAGUGCGCGCUGCUGUCCGCGGCAUGCGCGGUGCAUGGCCUCCAAGGCGAAAGCAAAAGCCAAGCCCAAUGCGCCAAAGACCAAGAUCGCCAUCCCGCCCCCACGACUCGAUUAUGCCCGCCUCCUGUCCGACCCGGAAGCGACCGCUCGCAACGUGCGCGAGCGCGCUAUGCCGCUACCCUCUGACGUCGUCGCCGAGCUGGGCCGGCUAAGGGAGCAAGCCCUCAGCCUCGAGACACAGCUGAACCGCACACGGCACGAGCAAGGGCUCGCUUCAGCCUCCCUGCGGGACACGAAGGACAAGGACGGCAAGGCCGCCGCAGUGGCGCGGGCGAGAGAGCUGAAGGAGGCCGUGCAGGCGCUGGAGCGCGAGCAUCGGGAGGUGGAGGACACCCUGCUCCGAGUUGCGGGCAGUCUGCCCAACUUUUCGAAUCCCGCUGCGCCGAUCGGCGCAGAGGAGAACGCAACCACGCUCGAGACCUUUGGCCCCGAACGCCUGCCCGCAAGUCCGCUGCGGGACCACGUCGACGUUGCGGACAGGUUCGGCUGGCUCGACAAUGCCGCCAGCGCGAUCGCAACGGGCACAUCGUGGCCAUUCCUCCUCGGCGCAUUGGCUCAGCUCGAGCACGCCCUGGUGGGGUAUGCGGUGGACAUGGCUGCGAGGGAGGGCUUCACGCCCGUGAGUCCGCCGGACGUCGUUGCCGUCGACAUUGCGGCACGGUGCGGGUUCCAGCCCCGCGACGGACCGGGGGAGGACGCACCGAGGCAGACGUACACUAUCGAGAGCGAGGGGGAGCGCCAGCUCUGCCUCACUGGCACGGCCGAGGUGCCCCUGGCUGCGCUGUGGGCGAAUCGGACGCUGGGAGCGGACCAGAUGCCCGCCCGCGUCGUUGGCGUUGGCAAGGCGUUCCGUGCCGAGGCCGGAGCGAGGGGGGCAGACACACGCGGCCUCUACCGCGUGCACCAGUUUACGAAGGUGGAGCUGUUCGCCGUGACGACGGCCGAGCAGAGUGAGGGCGUCAUGGAGGAGCUGCGCGCGCUGCAGAAGCGCAUUAUCGAGGGCCUGGGACUCUCUGUCCGGUGA